AAGAGGGAAAAGGAAAAGACGGACGUUUUGAUAGCAGAAGGCGUUGAAUAUGGCAGUGCUGUGUAGAGUUCGAAUGUUUUGAUCGAACAGUUUGUGUUAAAACCCCGUUUUACACCCGUUUUGCAAUAUUAAAUUGGACAAAAUGGGUAAAGACAAGAAUUCACAACGUACCAAAAACAAUGCUCGGCCAUCAAGCAGUGGGCGCAGCGCUGAGAUGCUUGGCUCAGCUCCAAUUAAUCCAUUUAUGAGCUUUAGCUCUCUGAAAGAAAGCAUGGGUGUAGAUGAGCAAAUGGCAGAUUCUCACCUUGAUCCAAACUUUCAAGUAGUUCUAAAAAAAAUGAACAAAAAAGAUGGGGUAACAAAAUUAAAGGCCUUGCAGGAAUUUGCUCAGCUCUGUGGGUCAUCAGAACCUGAUCAGGUCUUGGCAAUUUUACCAUUCUGGCCAAGAUUGUAUUCACUACUUGCUCUGGAUGUUGAACAUCGUGUUCGUGAGGCAUCUCAUGUGGCUCAUAGAUCAGUUGUUUCUAAAGUGAAGCGCAAUAUAGCCCCAUACCUCAAACAAUUAGCAGGCCCAUGGUUUGUUGCCCAGUGUGACACUUAUGCCCCUGCUGCAUCUGCUGCCACUCUGGCUUUUAAUGAAGCCUUUCCACCAAAGAAAAUGUCAGAAGCUAUAGCAUUUUGCCAGGAAGAAAUUUUAAAUUUCAUCUAUGAAAACUUGAUUGUUCACACUCCUCAAACUCUCUGCAAUGCUAAAACCAUGACCCCAGAAGAGAUUGAAUCCAAGUACAUUCGAACUCUGAUUAGUAGUCUCCAAGGAUAUGCAUUGUACUUGACAAGGCUUUCUGGUGACCAAUUAAUUUCUGCUAGAGAAAUGAACCAAAAACUUGUAUCUGAUGCCAAGUUUUGGAAACUUAACAAACAUCAGUCUCCUCAAGUGAGGGGUGCUUGGUUCAGUGCUUUGAUAGCUUUGUGUCAGAAUGCACAGUUUUUUAUUUUAGGUGAAGAAAAACGGAUUGGUCAAGCAGUCUUUGGUUCUCUUGACGAAUCUGAUGCAACUGUUCUCUCAGUAGUUUGGGAGGCUACCCUUGUAGCUCUGAUUGCUUUGGAGGGACUCCUUGAAGCAGUAUCUUUUGAGAAACUUGUUUUACCCAAACUACUAAGAGUAUGUCGUGAAGGUGGAAAGGGAUCAGCAGCAGCUAUCUUUCCAUCUCUUUUGCCGCUGUUGAGUAAAAUGCCAGGCAAAAUUCUGAAAGAUACAAAUACUUUCCAUGGUAAAUUUUUUAGCAGCAUACAGACAGGGUUUAAUCAACGGACAGUUCAGUUGAGCUUGUCUGAAAGUAAAGCAGUUGCAAAUGCAUUUGUUGAAUGCUUACAAUAUGUCAUUCAGCUGAACCAAGAUAAUGAGGCUUUGGGGCAAGAGUUACUGAAGAACCAUUUGCUUCCGUGCUUGUGUGAAACCAUUCAAACUUGUAAAAAAACACAUGCUUCUGAAGCAUUAUACUACAGCAUUUCUAGAUUGCUUCACUCUUGGGGUCGAUCUUCAGAGGAUUCUGUUCAACAGAAACAUUUGCAUUCCUUCUGUUCCGAUCUAACUACUGAACUUAAAAGAAUGGCUUUACAGGAGCAGCUGGAAGAGGCAAAGGAGCCUGUUAAUUCUAACUCUAUGAAAGAAACUGAUAGUGAAGCCCUCAAUAAUUUAGACGUUAAUGAAAUACCUCUGAAACGAGAGCCUCUUCCAUUGAAAAGUGUGUUAAAGUCACAGGUAGACUUUAUCACAUGCAUGCUGGAAAAACAGAGCCGACCUAUGAAAGUCAAAUUUGCUGAUCUCAAUGUGCAAGAUUUGGCGGAGGAAAGCUCCCCUGAAGAAAGCAAAUAUAUCCCUAGUGCAGUCACAUAUGCUAAAGUCCAGAGUAUGGCUAAAGCCUUAUGUUCUUGCUACAUGCAAGCUGUCAUGAAUUCAGAGUGUGUUGAUUAUUUAACUGCCUUAGCCUCUCUCUCUAAAGUUCUUAGCCUAUCUUCUCUUUACUCUGAUUUGGCAAAAUCAGUCAAUAUUUCCAGUGAGGAGGAACUAUUCUCCCAACAUCUUAUCACUUGGCUUCAACCCAAAAGUACCCUAUUUUGUCAUGCUGCAGUAUCAUUUUGUGUUCCGCUCCUUGCCAAGUUACCUGUAGAACAGCAGAAUCAACUCUUUGAUCAAUUGCUGAAAAGUGGUUUAGAUGUUCAUCAAUUGUUAUGGCUUGUUGAAGAAAAUGUUUUGUGUGGUGGGGCAGCUUCUACAUGGCUCAGGAGUCCUCAACUUACACCAGUAAUAAAACAAAUGACUGAACUAGCUUUAAUGUCUGAUACUGCCUUGAUGACAACUUGGGACCUUUUGUCAUCAGGUUUUAGUAUUGCUGAUGAUGGUGAUCACGUUUUCUGCCAUGCUACCCUAGAAGAUGUUCUGAGUGCAAUAGUUAUUCAAUGGGAAGACACUGUUCACUCCAGUGCAGGGCUUCCUCAGUGGACCUCAGUUGCUGCAAAUAUUAUUACAAAACUAUACAUUGAGCAGAGUCCAUACCUACGUACUAUGUCUUCUCCUGAAAGAGUUCUAUCUGUAGCAUUCCAGAUAUGCCUUUGGGAACAUCACUCUUUAUUGGGGGUGGAAGCAUUGUCUAGUUUGUGGAAAAAUGGAACUAGGGCUUUGGCUCGUACGCAUGGGCAUUCCAGUUCCACAGUUCUUCAGCUUUGCUCUGCAUUUGUCGAUGCUGUUCUAAUGUUGUUGUAUGGGAAAUCAACCUUAUCAAAAGAUGAUCUUACCCAUGUGGCGUCUCAGUUGGCGCAGUUUGUUGAAAUUGUGACAGACAGCUUUGUUAAUAUAGAUGAAGACAAGGAGAGAAAAGCUGUAUGUUCUACUCUCCUGACCUCCUUGUUUUCAAACAAAGCAACAGGCAAAGAGGGUGAAGAAAAGGGAUUGAAAGGCAUUUCUAUUUUGCACCGGAGAGGCAUUGAGUCUUUGGCUGACUGUGUGGAACCUUUUCACAUUGGUAUUGAUAGUUCACAAAUUAUACCAAGAAGUCCUUUAAUUGAAAUUGUGGGAGCAGGGUAUUGGGGUGCUAUUGUAGCCUUUGCACUUCACCAAUUGUCUUCUGUGCCGUCAUUUAAACCCUUUGUUGAUGAAGGAAAUGAAGAUCACCUAUUCUUUGCUUUGGAUAUAUUCUUAGAAAUGUUUGUUGUUUUAAAUGAUGUGAAAUAUAUAUCUGACCAUUUUUCUUUCACUGAAUUGGGAAACUCCCUACAUCGCCUUUCUAUAGACACCAAGGAUACUAUCAAGGAAAUCAUAUCUACUCUGAGUUCUUCACAACGGUCAUCAGUCCAUGAUAUUCUUCAAGAGCUGUCUUACAAAUCUGCAGCUCAUGAAAGAGCACAUAGAGCAUGGCAUGUCACCUAUUCAUGCAAUACGCUGUCUGAAGAUUGUAACUUUGGCAAAAUAUCACACAUUCCUCUCCUUUCUAUAGAUGACAAUUCAUUGCAAAACAUAGAUUUGUCAAAUCUAGAUGUGAUUUCUGAUUAUAUUCUUGCUAAUGGUCUCAGUGAGGAAAUCAGGCCGCAUGCAACAGUUUGGCUUGAUGCUGUCUACAAACUUCAAAUUCAAUGUAACUGGCGAUUUGUGAGCAAUAACACUAUAGAUGGCUGUGCUCUGGCUGUGGUAUGUGAUACUUUACAUGCUGUGAAGUUUCUGAGGGCAAUUGUGACAUGUGGCCCUGAACUAUUAAGUAGUCGUAAUUGGGAUCAAGUAAUGAUUGCCAUGGCCACGUGGAUUCAUUGCGCUUAUGAAACGAUAAUGGGUAAACAUGAUGUGCAGGAUGGUAUAUCUCACUUGUCAAGAAAAGUUUGUACAUUUUUACAAGAAGUUUGCAACUUAUUCUUAGCCUUCAACAAGAACCUUUUUAAGCUCAAUAAGGGUAGUAUUGAGUUAGUUGAUGCAGAGCGUGGCUCCCUUAAAGAAAGCCUUCCACGUGAAUGGUUGGAUGUAUUUGCUGGAGAGUGUGAACACAAGAUUCUUGCAUUAUGGACAGAUAUUGUUGAAAAUCUUAAGCCCUCAGAUGAAUCGCCCCCAUUAGUUGCUUUACUCACCCAGCUUGGUCUGGCUAUUCAAAGUUUUAGUAUAGAAUUUCUCCGAUCAUCGAAGGGAGGUGAUGUCAUGUUUGAGCCAGUUCUGAAGUUAGCACCUCCAUUACUAUUACAUAACUUAGGUUCAGUCCGACUUGCUGCUUUCCACUUAAUUUUCAAAAUUAUUCCUUAUAUGGUAAAACAUGAUGCUGCAAUUUUUGCUAACAUUAACAAUGCAGAUGAAGAAAAUGAUAGCCCCAUAAAUUCUGAAGAAAGACUCAGUCUUUUGCACCUUGAAGAUGUCCUUGCUCAUGCCCAAACAGUUGUUUCAACAAUGUUGAGUGAUGCAAAGCUUGGAACAUGUUGUACUGUCCAACCCUUUACUGAUUCUUACACUUAUACUACUGGCUAUUUAUUGGUAUGGUCUUUAAUACUUGAUAUGUGUAAGGAAGCAGAAACAGAAUUGACUUGUCAAUAUGCAAUUUGGCUAAAAAACUCGUCUGAAAACUAUGCUGAAACUUUACUCAACAACAUAUUCCGCCUCCUUCCUCAAGAGGCUUUUGAUGAAAAGAUGAAAAAAUCACUUGACUACUUCUCAACACAAGCUCCAAAUAUAUUAUCAGGAGCUCGUUGGACUAGUGGUGUUGUACAGUAUUUGGCCUGCAACGACCUGUUUGGUGUGUUGAGCUGCUUACCCGCCCUUGCACGCCAGUGGUGGACAAACUCAGAUGCUAAGUCAGCUACUCUCAUAGAUCGUGUUGUUUCAAAACAUUUCAGUCCCCAUAUUUGUACCGCUGAAAUGUGUGCAGUGGCUAAAAUGCAGGAUAAAACAGUGGAAAAUAUGACUGUGCGGGUACACUCAAACGUCCGUGAGGUUGUUGCCACCUACACAGUAGAUGAUUUAGUUAUGGAAUUGGUUGUUCGCUUGCCAACAAACCACCCCCUCUCCCCUAUGAUUGUGGAAGUUGGCAAGAGAAAUGCUGCUGCUGCAGUUCAAUGGCGACGAUGGCUCAUGCAGCUUACUAUGUUCCUCACACACCAGAAUGGCACUUUGUGGGAUGGUUUGGCUUUAUGGCGGAAUAAUGUUGUCCGAAGAUACGAAGGCGUUGAAGAAUGCUACAUUUGUUUCUGUGUGCUUUCUGGAGCAAACUAUCAGCUCCCGAAACUAUCCUGCCGUACUUGCCGCAAGAAAUUCCACUCCACAUGCUUGUACAAGUGGUUCCAGACAAGUAACAAGUCAACAUGCCCCAUUUGCCGCAAUCUUUUUUAAUGCACUGAUAUUAAACAAAAUGUUAUAGAGCAUUUGUUUUUAUUUUUACCACUAUGAAGAAAGCCAGUUUGCAGGGCCCAGCCCAGACAGGUGUCAUGUGUCCUGGAGCAAUGUUCAGUCCUGCUUGCAAAUGCUUUGCCCUGGAGUGAUAUUGCGGAUAUUGUUUUAUAAUUUUGAUGUCAUUUGGGGCGGAUGGACUGCACCCUGGGAUGUGCCUGCAAAGCAUUCUAAAUCGAAGUGAAUGCAGCAAUACAGUCGCCUCACUAUAAGGAGUAACCUGGCGGAGCGAUAGCUGUACGCAAAAAUUCUUAUUAAAGUGUCUAAACGUAACUGUCUUGUAACAGGAAUCAUCCAGUGCUAAACGAUAAAGUUUGGUCCAUUAUUUAGUAUUUAGUUUUCAGCCGUGGGAUAGUUAGACUAGAAGUUAGCUCAUCACGAUGGUAGGGACUAUUUUCUUAACGCGCAAUGUUCAAGUUAUUUCUUAUAGUGAGGCGACU